AGGCCCACCCUCCCUGCCCUUGACUCCGCUUGUCUGGCUGACUGUCGUUGCCAGGCAGCUUCAAGCAGUCAGCUCGUAAUUUCGUGUAUUUCGAGACGUUCCCUCGGCUUCCUCAGGGGUAGGUCGUUUAGUUGGUGAGAUGUCGAAGAAUCUCCAAACGCAGGAUGUUCCAGCAGCCUGUGAUUGUGGCAAGCCGUCCAUUUGUUGGGUAUCAAAUAAGGCCUGGUCAGACGGCCACGCCAGUUCGUCCUACUCUGCUUCUAUUUCACUAACCCUUUGAAAACUCUUCUCCCAAGACCUCGGACAUGGAGAUCAUAGUAACGUAUUCCCCUCGGCCAUUGGACAAAACAGCCGCUGGAGUCAGAUCUUGAAAUGCGAUCAACAUUGAGGCUAAAAUUGUGUAUUAUCGUUAGAAUAUAGUCUCGGAAUCUGAAUACUUCAUUUUGUUUGGAUUAAGUCUUUUUUCCUGGGACUGCACCUUUGCGCACUUCCGUGUGGGAUCAGGUAUACUUGGAACUAACCUGAACUUUAACUAACCUCUCACAGUACUCCAGGCUCCGAGAGUACCCAACAAGCAUAACAAAGAUAAAAGGAAGUCUGUGGAAAGAGUGAAAAGCUGGAGAGAGAGAAAGUGAAAAGCACAUGCACCUCAGACAUUCUUGCCGCAAAAGGAAAAGUCCUAAUCGCUUGUUAACAGUCACAAUGGAGCUUUCUUCACUGCUUGCCUUUGAAGAGGAAAAAAGCAGCCAUGGGGCCACUACCCUCCAAGUCUGAUCUUGGAAGUCAUCCCAGGUCAUUACACUGUGCCUGAUGCAGAUUCCCAGAGAAUCAGGAAUAGCGCGUCCGUCAUCUGCUUAUAUACUCCUCUGCUCACUUUCGUACUCCAGCCUCAGUUGACAACCUCCAAUCGUAUUAUCCUUCGGUUGUGCUGCACUCACAGUUCUAGUCUCUGCUCUUCUUCUUCGCCAAUUGGCAGUUCUUUGCUUCUCUUUCCUCCCCCCCCUCAAAACCUUCCACGAUUUACCUUUCGAUAAUCAAAAGUGUCUAGACACAAAGGUCACUCGAGUAUUCUUCAGAGCGUCAAGAGGAUAUUCACAGAGAGCUCUGCGGCAGUUGUCAGCCUGCAACUGUCGUCGCUCGAGUGCCGGAGUGGGGAGCGAGUAGAUUUGGUUUCAUCUUUCGUUACUCGUGAGGAAAUAGAAAAGAGAAGGAGCUCAGCUCUUGGGUUUUCUGCACUACCCGAGCAGCACGUAGAUGCAUGCGUAGAAGUAGACGGAGAGCCCCGACUCAAUUGGAAUUCAAUCCGGCCACAAAAGUUCAAGAGCAUAUCGAACGUAGGGAGGGCGUGAAAUUCCUCGAGAGAAAAUUUAGACUCACAGCCCUGGGUCGUCGCCGUUGAUUACAAUAGCAGUCAGUGAAGGGGAGGCAGAGAUUAGACAGUGGGUGCACGAAGCUUGGGGUUAGGGUCCCUUAUUCUGAAGUCCCACUAGAUUUAAAAAUAAAAGGAAGUGGCUGUAUCUGCUCUGAGCCUCGAGCAGAGAAGGUCGUUCAAGCAUUCCAGGUUCUCAUUUCAGAGAGGUCAGAGAGGUCAGAGAGGUCAAUUCUGCUGCAGAUAGAGAUCCAAGCUACCAACUUCUUAGCGCUCAAAUUUCCAGCUCGGGCCUUUCAGGUGUUUCACGAGCGAUACUGCAUCAGUGCCAGACGCCAGUACAGUGAUGGCGGUCGAAAGAGGAAAGGUUGGAGACAUGUGGGGAUGUCUCACCGGCGAGAGCGCCCGUGUACAGCUGGCCCUGCUCACGGUGCAACUGGGUUACGGCAUCUAUUAUGUCUUGACGAAAUCUGCCAUGAGCGGAGGUGUGAACCAAUUUGUGUUUGCAGUCUACCGCGACGUGAUCGCUCUGAGUCUCAUUGUACCAUUGGCUUACUUCACCGAGAAAGACAAGCGCACCCCACUCACUCUGCAAACGUCCUUGCUCAUUUUCGUUCUGGGAAUCACGGGCAUUUUCCUGCAGCAGACAUUGUUCUUGGCGGGCCUGGCGUUCACAAACACAGCAUUUGCUGCAGCGAUGCAGAACGCCAUCCCUGUCUUCACCUUCUUGAUUGCAGUGGUGUGCAAAAUCGAGGUUAUUCGCUUCAGCAAACCCGACGGCCUGGCCAAAGUGGUCGGAAUCCUGGCCGCUGUCGUGGGGUCCUUCACCAUGUGCCUCUACAAGGGGACCAUCCUCUUCGGAGACGAUCCAGCCGCCGGAACAACGCAAGGUGAGCAAGAAGAUGUGGCACGGAGCAGUGACACGGAUGGAUUCUUGACGACCUUAUUCCUUGGCUUCGGAAUCGACUACUGGCAAAUCGGCGCCCUCUGCCUGGUGGCUAACUGCUUCUGUAUGGGAGCCUACUCCAAUUUGCAGAUUCCCACUCUCAGAAGGUUCCCGGCCCCCAUCUCCCUUACGGCUCUGUGCAUUUGCGUGGGAGCAAGCGCUCUGCUCGCCACUGGACUCGCGAGUGUCUCCCAGGCCUCCGACUGGGUCCUCAGCUCCUCGGGCAACAUCGUCUCUGUGAUCUACGCCGGGGCUAUUGCAUCGGGACUCAACUUCUCGCUCCAAACGUGGGCGAAUCAGCGAGGCGGCCCCGUUCUCGUGGCAGCCUACAUCCCCCUGCAAACCGUGUUCUCGGGAUUUCUCGGGCUGAUGAUUCUCGACGACCCUCUGUACCUGGGGAGUGUAAUUGGAGCCGCGCUCAUUCUGUUGGGUCUUUACCUCGUCAUUUGGGGCCAGAGUCUGCACAGGAUGGCCCAAGAGAAGGAGCUGCUGUGCACACCAUUCAGUGGCGUUUUGGACGAUACGAAGGAGCCUCUGCUCAAAGAGUCCAAGUCGGCGGGAACCAGCAAUCACGGGUCGGUCCCCAGAUCAUGAUCCGGCUUCGGCCGGAGGAGAUCGAUCGGCUGAUAAGCAAAUUGUAAUUAAGUUGUCGUGAUGGGUAUAUACCGUGUUCAUAUCGUCAACUCCCUCAAAGCUCUCGAUAUUACGGCACAUUAGGCCAUUUUGAAAUUAUCCCGGCCAUUGUAUACUAUCCCGUAGAGUAGAAGCUUCUGCCGAACCGCAGGAAGAGAAAGGACCGAUCGUCAUGUCCAUUGUACAUAGGCACAUAGUUGUUGGGAAAAAAACAUCCGACUCACUUAAUCGUCUCGUAGAGGCUUCCAAGCAUUCCUGAAGUCCAUUCUUUAUUACGCCAUUGUAAUCAUUAAGAAACUCCAUUCGGAGCCUGACGUCCGAGCCAAACUCUGCUAUGUCACCACACAUCCUCCUCACUUCCGG